AAAAUCUUAAAUAUCUUUCCAUUGGUUUCUUUUUGUUUUUCAGGUUUUGUUUCUAGGUCCACUAACACUGUUCUAUUUGGAUGGGGUGCUUAAAUUGUAUUUAGAACCCAAGUACUGGCAAGCUAAUAUGAAGAACUUAAUAUGGUUAAGAAAUCAUGUUGUGGCCCCAUUUUCAGAAGAGUUCAUAUUCAGAGCCUGUAUGAUCCCUUUACUCAUCCCUUCUGUCGGUGCUGGCACUGCAGUGUUUCUGGCUCCUCUAUUUUUUGGGGUUGCACAUUUUCACCACAUGGUGGAGAGAGUUAGAAACAAGCAUGCUGACCUUAAAACAGCUUUUCUCCAGUCAUUGUUUCAGUUUUCUUACACAACAGUAUUUGGUGCUUACUCAGCUUUCUUGUUUAUUCGCACAGGUAGUUUAGUUGCUCCAGUGGUUGCACAUGCCUUCUGUAAUCACAUGGGAUUUCCAGACAUUGGGAUGGUGUUUCAGUACCCUCCUCCACAAAGGUAUAAGAUCAUGGCAAACUUUGUGAUUGGACUGGUGUUGUGGUGUUUUCUACUCUAUCCACUGACACAUCCCCCGUUAUUUUCCAAUAUAGCAUACAAUUUACUUCUUUGAAAGCUAUGAUCAUGUAUCUGCAAAUACAGCUUUAUAGUAUUAAAGAUCUCCUGUUCAUUCCAUAUGCUAGAAGUAAAAGUUUCAGUUUGUAUUAACUGAUAUAAGUUUUACUUCAAAAGAAAUCUUUGAAGAUAUAUAUAUAUGAAGUUGUUUUUAAUGGAAAAAUGUAUUUUCUGCAUAAUUAUGAGUAUUGUUAUUAUUGCAACAAAAUUCUGUGCAUUCAGUAUUCCUUUUGCAUGGAUGAAGCAUACUUGUAUUUAUGUUUCAUAGAUGAGAUUUACACAAAAUCUGUAUAAAAAAGAGCAGUUGCUGUUAUUAUGUUAGUUAAAAUGAAUAAUGUAUAUUUUUGCUAUGUUAUGACUGACUGUCAAGUUAUUUAACAGUUCUAGCAUACAUGAAAUCAGUAUGUUUUUCAGAAUGGUGCGAGGUUUGAAACUUGAUGUGACAGAAAUGUUGAUAUAACAAAGUAGUUAAAAUAUACUUUGUAGUUAUUUCAACACAUGACAUCAAUGGUAGCCCAGUGUAUAUCUAUUGGUAGUGAAAAAUUCCGUGCAGUUAGACCUAAAUAUCAAAGUUUUGUUAAAAAAUGCAAAUAUUUGGAAAUUACAAUUUAAUGUCAUUUUAUUUGGUGCUAUCCUUCAUUUUGCAAUAGCCAUAAUUGGUUCAUUUUACCAAAUUAGUUUGAUAUGUUCAGAUUUUUAUAUCAAGUAUUACAGUUGUAGCUAGUGUUUAGUCCAUUAUUACUUGUGGGAUACAUCUUUGCUUUUCUCAUUUGAUGUGCUUUUUUAUAUGUUUUAAAGUAAAAAAUGGUGUAUGUGUUUUAGUUUAUUUAUUGUACUUGUAUACUUUUCACAGUAGGUGAUAUUCAUAUUUUUUAAAGUGAAGCACUAUGGGUUGGUUCACAGUGACUAGUGGUACUAGCAAGUGCAUACUAACUCGAUGAGGACUCCUGCAGAAUGCAAUUAUCCUGAAGUUGAGUAGAAUACAGAAAGUUGGUGAUUAUACAAGUACGUUGGAAACAAGAAUUUUUUUAUCUAAUUGCAUUCAGCAGGAGUCCCUUUGGAGUUAGUAAGAACUUGCUAGUACAAAAUAUUCAUUGUGAAUGCACCCUAUGAUGAAAGACUGACAUUUAAUUGCCACUUAAAUGCACAAGACAAGAGAGCACAUAUAUGCAGAUUGAGAGACCAUGUAUUCAUUUACAUAUUUACUGGUUAAUCUCAAUAAAGUUUUUAUAAAAAUGU